UUCUUUUCCGUUUCAAUGGUGCUUCCGUGGUAACCCUUGUCACGUGAUCGGGGCUAUGUGGAGUCGCUUUUACACAUGAUGUCAUCAUCCCGCGACACAAACACUGUUGGCCCAUGUGAGAGUGUCGUCUAUCUGGCUUUAGUGUGAAAAGGUACAGUGAGAUGAGGAGCCAUUGUUUUAGAAAGCAGUAGUUUGCAUACUCAUGUCCACUCGAUUGUUAGUACGCUGCAUUCGUCUCCUGGGGUCCCACUCCCCGGGGGUGUCUGCUCUCCCUGCUGCCUGCAGGCUCCCCCUUACCACGCAUGCCCCUCCUCUGGCUGCCCUGACGCUGCGGCUGCACACUUCCGCCAGUGGGGGGCGCAGUGAGGGGCAGAGGCUGUCUCAGGCCCAAGCCCAAGACGAUGGGGUCCUGCGGCAGCCCGAGCGCACAGAGCUGGAUGAUCUGAUUGAGGGAGCUGGCAGUGCCGUGGAGCUGCUGCAGGUGUGGGCGGAGCGGGGGGGCACUGGGAACCAGGCCGCCACUGUCCUGAUACGGCUCGCCCGUCUCUCCACAACCCCCGACGGCAAGACCAACACUGCAGAGCUACUGCAGGACCAUAGGUUCCAGCAGCUGCUGCAGGAUGUCGACACACAGAUCUCCUUGGUGUGGAACGGCACUCUGGUGAAUCUGCUGAGGAGCCUGCCCCAGCUGGGGGUGUCCUCGGGGGAGCCUGCCCUGCGCUCUGUCCAGAAUGAGGCUCACUGGCGGCUGCGGCGGCUCAGCUGCCGGAACCUGGUCUCGCUGGCGGACUCCUGUGCCGGCCAGGCCCACGACGACCAGCAGAGGGCACUGCUGAGCGACGUGGUGAAGCAGCUGGAGCUGCGCUGGACUGAGAUCAGCGAGCCCCGCGACGUGGCUCUGCUCAUGGGCAAGCUGGGGCACCUGUCUGGGGCACUCAUGGACCAUCUGGAAGACAAGGCUCUGGAGCUAGCAGAGCGGUUCUCUCCGGAGGAUACCCGGCGGGUGGCCCUGGCCCUGGCUGCUCAGAGCCGGCGCUCGGUGCCCCUGCUGCGGGCGCUCUCUUACCACCUGGUGCAGAAGCACGGGAUAGAGCUGCGGAGCGGGCUGCUCGUCGACCUCGCCUUCGCGUACGGCAAGCUGAAUUUCCACCAGACCCAGGUGUUCCAACGCAUUGCCUCAGACCUGCUCCCCCGUGUGCCUGAGCUGGGUGCCAGCGACAUCACACGCUGUGCCAAGUCCUUCGCCUACCUCAAGUGGCUCAACCUGCCACUGUUCGAGGCCUUUGCCCAGCAUUUCCUGGUGCACAAUGAGAAAUACAACACCCCCCAGCUGUGCAACCUGGUCCUUUCCUUCGCUCGCCUCAACUACCAGCCCAGCAACGGAGAUGCCUUCUACAGCAAGGUCCAUGAGAAGCUGGACAGUGCUCUGGGGCAGCUGGAGCCCUUCCUGCAGACAGACGUUGUGUGGUCCCUGUGUGUCCUGCAGCAGGCCAGGCCUUCCUACCUGCAGAGCGUGCUGGAGCCAGACUUCUACAAGAAGCUGACAGGCUCAGGUGGCUCCUCCUCACGUGAUGAGAACUACAUGCUGAAGCAGCUUCACAUAAACACCACAGCGGCACUGGAGUGCCCAGAGUACAGGGGGCCGGCCCUGCCUGCAGAGGCCUUUGUGUACCCUGGGGAGAGGAAGGCCUCGGCGCUGCAGAGCGGACUGAGGGAUGCGCUGAGGGCGCUGGUGGGGGAGCAGAAGGACUUGUACCGCACAGCUCUCAGCACAGUGUACGGAUGGACCAUUGAUGGUGAGUUGGUUCUGAACUCGGAGAGCAAACCUGUCCCACUGAAGGAUUUGGCUGCUCCACACCUCCCAAAGGCAGGGGGUGCCACACCACUACCCCCAGGGGCCAAGAGGAUAGCCCUCCUGGCCUGUGAGUUUCCACAUUAUAACUCCAGAAGCAAGGACCUUCUGGGACGGUUUGUGAUGCAGAGGCGUCACUUACAGCUGGCCGGCUUUCUCACUGUGGAUGUACCGUACUAUGAGUGGCUGGAGCUGAAAUCUGAUUGGCAGAAGGUGGCGUACCUAAAGGAUAAGAUGGGAAAAGCAGUAGCCGAGGACAUGGCAAAAUAAAAAUAAAAAAAUACCUGUGUACUGAAACAUUAUUUAAUAAAAAAAAUAAAAUAAUAAUAAUUAAAAAAGGAA